UUUGUCGUGCACGGAUCAAUUUCUUUCUUUUCCGUUGAUUCCGUAGUGAAAAAAUGGCAAAAUUACAAAAAAAUUAUCUUAUCAAAUAGUGCAUCCGUAUGUCCAGUAAAAAAAAGUGUUUCUAUCCCAAAAAGGAUAAUAAUUGCAGUUCUAGAAUUUAGCCCUCAAAGGAAAUACUUUCUUUUUGUUUUGUAAAGAAAAAAAAAAUCAAUCCUCGAAUAUGUUACAUACAUUUGGUGGUGAUUCCGAAUUCAAGGAACGCCUUAUUGGUAAUGUGAAGAAGGAGGUGAAGCAGCUAAUGGAAGAAGCUGUAACAAAAAAGUACAUACAUGAGGAUAGCAGUUCUGUGACAUCAUUGUGUGCAGCCGUUGAAGCAUGUUUGAGUCAAGGAUUAAAACGACGUGCAUUGGGUCUUUUCAAGACAUCUUCUACAACAGCAUUGCUUCAUAAGAUUGCAAAAAAUUGCCCAGAAGCAGAUUAUAUUAGCCAAAAGGUUCAGGAUGUUGAAAAUGUUGAACCAAGUAAACGGUCAUCGUCAAGCAGCGAUAGUCUCAUAAAGCCACAAAUGUUAAAAAAAGCUAGCAGUAGUUCGGUGACAACGAUAAAUACUAUUCCACCAGCUCCAGUUGUUAAGUAUCUUUGGAUUCGAUUGGCACUGUAUGAAAAGCGUUUGUCAAAAAUUAUUGAGCAUUUAGUGAGUAAUGCAAGUAAUUAUUACGAACGCGAUGCAUUGGUAUCGAAUCCAGAUUAUGGAUCAAUAUUAAGUUCACUGCUGGUGGGUCCAUGUGCUUUGGAGUUUACGCGAGCCAAGACAGCCGAUCAUUACUGGUCAGAUCCACAUGCUGAUGAAUUGGUUCAACGCCAUAGAAUAAGUUCUGGAAAUCGAACACCACCCUCUUGCCAAAGGCCUAUAAUAAAUUUUAAAAGAAGUCUUCAUGCAAGCUCCGAAGACUGCAGUAGUGGGUCGUUUAAAUCGAGCUCUUCAGCAAGCGCAGCAAAAGAUUAUGUCGAAUCAUUACAUCAGAAUUCUAGAGCAACUUUACUUUAUGGAAAAAAUAAUGUUAUGGUUCUUCCGAAAGAAAUGGAUGAAUCCAUGCCAGGUUACCUUAGUUUACAUCAAAAUGUUCAAUUUUUAACGAUAAAAUGGACACCGAAUCAGUUGAUGAAUGGCUACAACGAAGCAGAAGGUACUGACAAAAGCUCCUAUUGGGCUUAUGCACUCAAUAUAAACGUCGACGACAUUGUCUACGUUCAUUGCCACCAGAAUCGUGGAGAAGAUACUGGUGGCACUAUAAUUCUUGUUGGCCAAGAUGGAGUACAACGACCUCCAAUUCAUUUCCCUGAAGGUGGUCACAUGCAGGCAUUUCUGAGUUGCUUGGAAACUGGUUUAUUGCCACAUGGACAAUUAGAUCCACCGCUAUGGUCUCAACGUGGAAUAGGAAAAUUAUUCCCUUGGCCAAAGUUUGGGCGUCGACGAAUUUUACCAUCAGUUAUGGAAUCUUCCGAAGAGACUCCGAUUGAUUAUGUCUUCCGAAUUGUUAGCAAAAGUAACCAUCAAGAGUUCUUGGCGUCGCAUCCUAUUCUUGAAAUUGGAAGAACAAGUCCUAGGCGAGCACUUUUGAGUAGCUGCUCUACCAAUGGGAGUAGUGAUGGCUCGAGCAAGAGUAUGUCUAUUGACCAAGCACUUUCUGAAUCUCCUAAGGUUAUACAUAACCAAACAGCUAGCAUAGAAUUGGUGUGCUCAACCAUGCGGCGGCAGAUAAUUUCUCGAGCAUUUUAUGGAUGGUUGGCAUAUUGCAGACAUUUGUCCACUGUAAGAACUCAUCUCUCUGGAUUGGUAAAUGGACGAAUAACACCAGAUUUGAGUGCAGAUGAGGAUGGCUUAACCAAAGCUAGAUGGGAGGAAUUGCAAGACGAAGGAGUUAUUUCUGACGAUGCAGAAGUUUAUAGGUUAGUUUAUUUUGGUGGUGUUGAGCAUGAAAUUCGGAAAGAUGUUUGGCCUUAUCUCUUGGGACAUUAUAGUUUUGGGUCAUCGCCAGCAGAACGCCAAAAGCUCGAUGAAACUACCAAGCAUUAUUACGAAACCACAAUGAGUGAAUGGCUAGCUGUAGAAGCUAUUGUCCGUCAACGUGACAAGGAGAAGAAUGCUCUCGCCAAAGCAAAACUCAGCUCUGGAAGUGGUGGAAAUGGUGACAGAACCAAAGAUGAGCUCGAGGCUGAUGUUGACAAUGAUGUAUUCGAAGACAAUGAUGAUUCUUCAGAUAUAUCUGAUCCCGGUGAUUAUGCCGAGGAUGAUGUUUUGGAGGAACAAAACGGACCACGUGUACAACAUAGUUCUGAUUCAGGCAACGUCGAAGACGUUGAUGCUUCUGAUCUGGCUGUCAAAGAUGCCAAGGAUGAUGAACCAGAUACUGAACCUGAACAUGAAGGAAUAAAAAUUGAGGAGAAUUGCUUCUCGAGCGAAGAAGGUCAAGUCCAAGACAGCAAUGCUGACACAGAUGGUAAUCAGGAAGAAGCUGGUGCCAUGAGUAAUCUUUCCAUUCCAAGAUCACCUUCUACAUCUUCUUACGAAACAGUGGGAAAUGAGUUUACCGACGCUGCAGAAAUCCCAAAUGUUUUAACACAAACCGAUCAACCAUCGAAUAUACCAGAGUUUCAUAGUGUGGAUGAUAUUCAAGGCCAAUUGAAUGAUGCCAUUGAAGAGCCAUGUUCAUUGGAAAAUCAGAUUCCAAUUGAUGGUGAACAAGAAGACAACGAAGCUUUACCUCCGCAUGCUGCUGUGAUUAUAACAGAUGCCUCAAUUGAUAUUGCACAUUUUGAAAAAGAUGCGGACUCUGAACGGAAAAAAACUGACCUUAUGUCGCCAGUUCACGAAGAUGGUGGGAAUUCUCUUGACGCAUUGCAAGAACCAAAGUCAGCAUGUGUUUCACCCGCCAGUUCGAAUGGAGGUGUUUAUUCUUCCGAAUUAUUGGAAAAUUUUGGUUUGAAUUUGCAUCGUAUCGAAAAAGACGUUCAACGAUGUGAUAGAAAUUAUUGGUAUUUUGCAAAUGAAAAUUUAGACAAACUUCGAAAUGUCAUAUCGACAUAUGUUUGGGAGCAUUUGGAUAUUGGAUAUAUGCAAGGAAUGUGUGAUUUGGUGGCUCCUCUUUUAGUAAUUUUUGAUGAUGAAUCCUUGAGCUACGGGUGUUUUUGUAAACUUAUGGAGCGUAUGGUUGAAAACUUUCCAAAUGGUGGUGCUAUGGAUAUGCACUUUGCAAAUAUGAGAUCUCUCAUACAAAUUUUGGAUUCAGAAAUGUAUGACUUAAUGGAUUCUCACGGAGACUAUACACAUUUUUACUUUUGCUAUCGUUGGUUCCUUUUGGAUUUUAAACGUGAACUUAUUUACGACGAUGUUUUUUCCACAUGGGAAGUUAUUUGGGCUGCAAAGCAUGUUGCUAGUGCACAUUUUGUUUUAUUCUUGGCUUUGGCCUUGUUAGAAACCUAUCGAGAUAUUAUUUUAUCGAAUAGUAUGGAUUUUACAGACGUGAUCAAGUUUUUCAACGAAAUGGCCGAACGUCAUAAUGCUGCGUCAAUUUUGCAAUUGUCACGUAGUUUGGUUUUGGAACUGCAAACAAUCAUCGAAAAUAAAUAAGAUCCUUUUAAUGGACCAUAUAAAUAUAUUAUUUAAUACAAAAUAGUAGAGAUACGUAUGUCACAAGCAAGUAAAACAAUUUACACAAAAUAAUGUUAUAAAUGUAGAAGACUUGUAGUAGGUAGAAGAAAAAAAAAAACAAAAAUGUAGAGAAUUUAGUAGAAGAAAAUACAACCCUUCCAUUUCAUAAAAAAAGUAAAAAAAAUGAAUAAAAAUAUACAAAAAAAAAAGGUAGGAAGGACUUGGAAUCUUUCUGCCAGACAGACUAUAACACAUAUCCAACACAUACACAUAUUAUGUGACUGGAGCCAGAUUUAUCUGAAUGAAGAAUUUUGUUGUUAUUUUCUCCUGAUAAAAAUAUGGUGCUAUUAAGAUCAUUUGUUUAUAAAAUAAGAACGAAUCGUCAAUUCAAAAGUACAAACUAGGUGAAAGAUUGAAAUUGUCCAAAAUAUUUUUAGGUGGAUAUUAAGCUUGGAUAAAAAAACUUGAAUUAACUUUAAACUUGCUUGUAGAUCCGAACAUUUUUUUAACUUUUUUUUUUAAAGUCCUACCGUUUCUGUUCAAAUUUUACAAACAAUUUGUUCCAAAGUUUAAACAUAAAUAUUCAAAAAACGUGGUUAGAGAAAAAUAUAGGAUUUGUUCAUCAAUAUAUCUAAAAUAUUUGCAUAUACCGGAUUAAGUGCACCGCGUUCUAUUUUUAGAUUUUAAUGUAGUUGCAUCUCGCACAAAAAAUACGCACUUUCAUAAUAUUCAAAAGUUAAUUCAGAAUUAGUUGCGCCAAAACAAAUGAUCUCUAAUGCUUGCACCAAAAUUUAAGUAAAACAAAAAAAAAAAAAAACUAUCUGGCUUGAGUUUUCCCAAUGGAGUACCUUUGUCGUAUA